CGAGAGUGAAGAUGAGUCGGUAAGUCGUAUCUCCCUCUCGGCCAGUUCAGUUCCGAAUACGGCACCCUUCGGGAUCGGAUCCUAGCACCUAAGCGCCUGUGCACCUCUGUUCAUAAUCACACUCAAACAAACCACUGUAUGCGUGCCUUCAUCGAUUCGCUUCCCUUCUGUCAGACACGGUGAACAAAUGCGGAGAUGGCUGCUGUGGAUGUCUGGUUUGUGUGCCAGUUGAUGGCAUGGACAGUUCUCCUAAGAAGAGAGGUUGGAGCCAGAAAUUCCAGUUCACCUUGCCACAGUGAACCAUAUUCGGGAACCGUCUUUUGUCGAGACUGGUCCGGAACCACACUAGAAGAUCUAAAGAUUGCCAUCUCGACGGCAUGGUUCCAGAACACGACUACCGUAGACAUAAGCCAUUCGGACAUCACGAUCUUAGCAUCUUUCAUCGAUGAGAGAAUGCGAUCUGACAUCGAGGGUCUGGCUGUGACCAAUAGCGGACUUCGACGGAUUGAAUCCGAGGCCUUUGCAUAUCUAGAGAAGCUACGGAGAUUGGACCUUUCGGGAAAUGCAUUAAGAGAAAUCCCCGAUUUCGUUCGCACUUUUCCCUUAUUGGAGGAACUUGUUUUUGCCGAUAAUUUUGCAACGUCGAUACAAGGACUCAUGACCUUCAAAGGAUUACUCAAGUUGCGCCAUCUGAAUUUAGCCUUCAAUCGCAUUGGUCAACUAGGCCUCUUUGGGAAGGAUGCUAACUACUUGUUGCCGCUGGAUAAAUUCAAUAUACAGCCCUUGAAGAUGAGCCUUCAAGAACUGAGUCUCCGUGGGAACGGUUUACGGUUCUUCCCAGAGCAACUUUUGGAGAGCUUCCCAAGACUACGUCACCUGGAUAUGAGCUUCAAUAAGCUAUCAGGAGAGAAUUCCCUGUUUCUCUAUUCCCUCUCAGUGAUUCCUGAGGAGGCAUUUCAGGGCAUGCCGGAGCUUCAAACUCUAAACUUGGACCAGAAUGCCCUCAGGACCUUCGUCAUUCUUCAUCUGCCAGCAUCCCUCAAGCUCAUCACGCUCGAAGGGAAUCCACUGAGAUGCGACUGUCGCCUCCACUGGCUGUGGGAGCUGAGCCGGAAAAAGAAUCGUGAAUAUUUGGUAAGCAGCGAACACGACAUAUCUGAGGACCUGAACGUGAGGCUGCCAAGAUGUCAAACCCCUCUUCUUUAUCGGGAUUGGCCUCUGCAUCGUUUCUCGGAGCAAAUUCUGUGUCCGAAGGAUAAGGAGGAUAGGAUCAAGAGCUUCUUCUACGUCAGCAACGGUGACCAGCGCCUUUUCGGGACAAGAGUCUUCUCUCAACUAGAGGUGCUUCGCGCUGAGAGUCUGGACCCAACAUCAUUCCUCUUGUCUUGGAGAAUAGCAGAUUCCUUCCCUUCCACUGGACUGGAUUGGGCAGUCGUCUACAGGCAAGUAGGGGCGAAGAUAAGCGUCUUCCAUGAGACAAGUCUUACCUCCACGAAACAGCUACCGGGCAACAGCACAGGGAAUGAUGGAGCCUAUCACCACCACCUAGCCGGGCUUCGUCCUGAUACGUACUACGUCGUGUGCCUGGCCAUGAUUGAAGAUGCCAGCUUCUAUAUUCAUCUCAACAAAUGCAUCGAGGCUAAGACCUUAAGAGAUUCCAAACUUUGUCCAGAGGAGGAAUUCACCACUUCUUCUGUUUCGGCUUCUGCGUCUACUACAGAUGGAACUCCUACUGGACAGUACUUGAAAAAGAAAUCUCAACAGAUUCUCCCAGAAUCCAUCUCAUUCACGCCACAUAUGAAUUCCAUUUCUGUGAGGUGGUCCUUGAGACCUACAAUCAUCACAAGAAACUCUCAAACUCGAGCCUCGACAGGGCGGUAUCAUUCUUCACUUGUAUAUCGGGUACCUCCAGGGGAAGGGCAAAGCGCGAACAGAAGAGGAAGAUCACCAACUGCUUCUCCUGACGACCCUGUUUGGAAGAUCAGCUAUCGAGAAUUCUCCAAAGACAAGGAAAUGGAAGUUCUCGUUGUCAAAAGCAGACAAUACGCGCGAAACAGCACCCUGGAGUACGCCAUUGAAGAUUUGAAGCCCACCACCGGAUACGUCGUGUGUUUCGAGGCAGUGCCUUAUGCCGAUGCCUUGAACUCUGAAGGGAACCAGAAAACCUUUGAUUUCAGUCUCCGAAAUGCAAAUCGUAAUGAAGAUCCAGAUGUUCGAUGCGAAGAACUCGUUACGCUUGAGGAUGCAGAUUUCCCUGUGACGGAAGUAGCAGUCGCCACCACUGUAUCCAGCUCUGCCACUGUCGUCGUCGUUGUCCUCCUCUGCUGCUUCUGUCCCAACUGCUUCUCUUGUAAAAAGAAGAAAGAGGACCGCCAAAAGAUGCUACAAAACAGCGACAGCAACAGCAGCGGAACGGCCAACACAGACACCGACACUUCCAAUGUAUCCAGUAGCAACAACUCAGGGAAAUCUUCGUAUCUGUCCUACAAUAUCUGCCGUGACGGAGUACUUCAGCCGCAAACCAAGCCGAACAAGAUGUCCUCCGAUAUCAGCAACUCGUGGAUACGGAUUCAGAAGUCAACAAGGAACACGUAUUUGCCCGAAGACGAUCGCGGAUACCUCGUGCCGGCGGUGAAAAUCGACCACCAAAAUGAGGAACAAGCAGCAAACUUCCGAGCCAUCCGAUCCUACUUCAGAGAGCAGGCUAUGAGUCAGAGAUAUUCAUCGGAAACCCCAAAAGGGUCAUCGGCGGCCCAUAUGCCGGUUCCGGUGGACAUCCCAAGAGCAAGCGUAUCGCGAAACGGAUUCCGUCGCCGUGCACUGAGCGCAGAUGACCUCACCUUUCGACUUGAGCCCCGAAGUCCUACAUACUUGAACCACUCUUUGGGGGAUAUCUCCGCGAGUGAACUCCAACCGGAUUCAUUCCACAGCAUGCCUUAUCCAAAUGAUGGCACAGGGCUGAAUCGACGCACCAUGACCACAUCUCCAGUGAAGAGACGGAUCCUUUACAAAAGCACCAACAAUUUGAUCUCUGCACACGAACAGGGAUAUUCAUCCCUUCCUACAAUAUGUGAUCCAUUCCACUAUAGCCAAAGAACUGAAAAUGGGCGAAGGAAUUCUAAGAAACUCUAUCGACGGUCUCGAAGGUCGCCUCACGAGAACGUCGGCUCCGAUAGACUUCGAAUGUACCAUACGUGGAAUAUUUCUAACCACAGCUUCACUCCAACAGAACCCUUCAGACCCGAAACGACAGUGAGCAGUUACAGCAACCCUGAUUAUAACAGACGAAUGUUCGAGAUGGACCUUUAGAGCUCUAUCGGUAGAGGGAAAAUGUGCUGCACACGCAAUUCUCAAGGGUUCUUUGAAAUCUCCAAGCAUUUUGUAAAGUGCAAUAGCCAAAGGGAAAAGUUGAUCGAUGCGGAAUAUGAUACGAGUAACGAACAACUUAGGGCUAAAUUUAGAGUGAACCCCUCGCAAUGAGGAUGAUACUUCACCACAUUCGAAUACGCUUAUUUUCGGAUUUUUGAUGGUGAAAUAAAGUCAUACGUUCAUAAUGAUA